UUGAAGGCAUGGGGACGGGCGGGCGUAGAGGGACGCGGUCCGGGAAGGGCACCGAGGGCGCGGCGACGGCUGCCUCCCCUUGCCUGUACCGUUGUAUCGAGUGCAACCGGGAGGCCCGGGAGCUGUACCGAGACUACAGCCACGGCGUACUCAAGAUAACCAUCUGCAAAUCUUGCCAGAAGCCAGUAGACAAAUACAUUGAGUAUGAUCCUGUUAUUAUCUUGAUUAAUGCCAUUUUGUGCAAAGCUCAGGCCUAUAGGCAUAUUCUUUUCAACACUAAAAUAAAUAUCCAUGGGAAACUCUGCAUGUUUUGUUUGCUUUGUGAAGCAUACCUGAGGUGGUGGCAGCUGCAAGACUCAAGCCAGAGCACAGCCCCCGAUGACUUGAUCCGCUAUGCCAAGGAGUGGGAUUUCUACAGGAUGUUUGUGAUUGCUUCUUUCGAACAAGCUGCCUUUUUUGCUGGCAUUUUUGCAUUCCUAUGGGUAGAGCAGCCCACGACAGCAGAGAAGAAGCCCAACUUCGUCCUGCUCCUGAAAGCACUGCUGCUGUCCAGCUAUGGGAAGCUCCUGCUCAUCCCGGCCGUCAUCUGGGAGCACGACUACACACCCUUGUGCCUCAAGCUCAUCAAAGUGUUUGUCCUGACAUCGAAUUUCCAGGCCAUCAGAGGAGGCACCAUCAACAAACCAAAGAAAUGGUUCCACCCAAGUCUAAUUCCGGGAAUCGGGAUCACUGAUAGGAACACGUCAAUUUCCUAGGCAUCUGUACCACCCAGGGAAGUCUCCUGGUGCAUCCUGGCGAGGGAUGGGGCCUUGUGAACCUCUCCCAUGCCUGAGUAUAGGCCUAUCUCACAUGCGUAGCUGCUGGGAGUUGAGGACACGGCAGUGUCGUGCCUGGACACUGCCGUGGGAUGGGAUCCCACGAAAAUCCUGUCAGACAUGGUCCUUUUCCACUAUGAUGUGGGAAACUUCAAGAGGAAGGUGGGCAUCGAAGAGGAUCCUUAUGGAGUUGGAUAGUCAUUUGGGCAAGAAACUGCUCUUGCCUGGACUGUUACAUAAACUGGACACAGAGAACCCGCAGAGAGAGGACUGCUGAACUUGCCUAAAGGUGAGAUGGUCUUUUGGGGUUCCUGCUUCAUGAAAGAGUCUGCGAGACAUUCUGCAGGACACAGCAGAAAAUGACUGAACUGUCUUUGGAAUUCCCUACUUGAUGAAAAUGUCUGCUGGAAACUAUGGGCCUGUAGGCCGAAGAUGGAUGCCCCAACGGUACAAAAGAACUUUGGGUGACUGUCCAGGCAGCAAGAUGUCUCUGUCGUUUA